AUGAUGGCGCAGUAUCUUACCCGGUUGACGGUUGUCCUCUUGAGCUUGAGCUCAUUCAGCAUUGCCAGCAGCCAGUCCCUCCCAUUUGGCACGCAACCCAUUCCGUUUCCGGCCUUGGCGACGGACUUUCCUCCUGCUCCGCUGGUAGAUGCUGUCUCCAUUGAAGCUAUUCGCAACACCCUCGCAUUGUAUCCAUUUGCCAUCGAUGGCAAGAACUUCGCUGCCCUCGACAACAUCUUCAUGCAGAAUGCCGUCGCCAACUACUCGGCGCCGCUCAAUGUCCUGACGCCGCUGUCCCAGAUCCAGUCGGUGCUGAGCUCCAGUCUCGCCUGCGUCACCACCCAGCAUAUGUUCGGCACCCAGGUCAUCGAAAUUAUAUCUCCCACCGUCGCUGUAUCUGUGACAUACUACCGUGCCGCUCACUUUGGCACGAACAACCAGACCGGUCAAGUUGCCUAUGCCUAUGGACAGUACCAAGAUACAUGGCAGAGGCAGGCCGACUGGACCUGGAAGAUUACCUACCGCAAUCUUGUCUACAUGGGUCCCAUUAUCGGCAAUGAGCUGGUCUUCACUUCCUGCUAA